AUGCAGAUCGCCCUCGGCGGGGCCGGGCGGCGGGCGGGGGCCGGGCUGGGUGUGCCGCCGUCCCGCGACCGGGAACCGGCUUCGCUGGCCGGUACCCAACGGCCAGCGCCCAACGGCCCGCCACCACCCAGCACACGCAUAGCACGGCCUGGCCCGGCAUGGCACCGUCCGAGACGGCCAGGGACAGCCGCACCGCUGUCCUGCACUUCUCCAUCAUCUGCUGCUGAUAAUUUCUGUCUGUGUGAAGGAUGCACUAUACCCCGUUGGCUACUGUAUGAAUUGUAUAUGGAAAGCUGCAGUCCAGAGCCCAAGUAUCGAGUAAAUUCAGCCACUUUUGGAAAGCUUAUUAGAUUAGUUUUCCCAGGUCUAAGGACAAGAAGACUGGGCAAAAGAAGGAAUGCCAGGUAUCAUUACGCUGGAAUAGCUAUCAGGGAGAAUUCUUCCAUUUAUGCACGUUAUUGCUUUCUUCUGUCUGAAAAAGAUUAUCACAGGCACAGCUCUUCGGGGAAAGCAAGCAGCUCUGCUUGGCAGCCUAGCACUUCUGCAGGCCCUAGUGGAAACGCCUGCAGUUCUGGAGAUACAGCUGGUUACAAAAGCAAGAGCCAAGAAAACAGAACAAGCAAGAAUUUGCACUAUUCUCCACCUGUCAUUUAUCUGAAGAAUGAACAAGAGAGUUUUCAGGACCCUUGGUCUGAAUUCAGCAGAUUCUUUCUUUGGGAGCAAGAGCUAAGGAGGAAAUACCCCUGCGAAAUGGUUGUACUGCUUGCCAAUGAGUAUCACAACCACUGUCAAGAUAUUUUACACAUGGUGAGAAAGGGUGAGCUUGACAAGGUGGAAGACUGUAUCAUGUCUUUCUGGAGGUCUCUGCAGCCUGAAAGCAUAGCGCUGAUGUCCUCACCAGAUGUGUGCCAGCUGUUCAAAAGCUAUGAUAGGCAACUAUUCAAGGAAAUGGAGAACAUCCUACUUCACGAUUUCAUGGAGGAGGUGCCCGUGCAACACAUAAUGUCAGUCAAAUUGUUCAGUAAAAACGUGGAAGAUUGGCUGCUUAAUGCUUUGGCAGGAUUUCCAUUACUGGUCCAAACAUCUAAAUCUGAAGAAGUUACAGUGUUUAUAAGAAGACUCAGGAGAAAGACAGACCUUUCUAACGUGGCCAAGGCAAUGAGAACAGUCUUGAAGAGCAACAGCAGUGUCACUGUUCUGCGAUCCAGCUUGCUUGCUGUCAUCAAUGAGGGAUUUCUGGAUCUGCCCGGAUACUUCUUUCAAACGAUGUUUAGGAAUCCAGAGGAGCUGCAGAGUUAUAUAGAACUGAAAUGUUUUAAUGACUUAAUGCCUUUGCUGGCACCUUCCACAGAUAUUCGUGUUAUCCUGAACUGUUUGUCUUCAAACCUUCAGGCUUUUGUCAUUCAGCCAAGCAGAAGUAAAGAGGAGUUUAGAAAACUGGCAUCGAAUUUCCAGUUGCGAUGGAACUUCCUACUAAGUGCAGUAAGCAAGGCUAUGACCCUCAACUGUGCAGAUGGUUUUGGAUGCUGGCAUGUUCUUAAUUUGCUACUCAUGGAUUUCGUGGCUCACAUUUUCCUGUCCUAUAUAGAGGAGGAGGAAGAUAAAAAUUUCCAGAUCACAAAGCAAAACGAGUCCCCUGUUCUGUGGGUUUAUGAGCCCAGACAUAUCUGGCACUAUUUUGUAGAGGGGCACUCUCAAGCCAAUACUUCACAGACAGCUGUCAUAUCUUUGAUGCAGAGCCAGAGUAACUUCGGAUUAAGCAACGUUUUUCCAGAGUUCUGA